UCGAAAUCCUCUUUCAAAAUAAUUUUUCCCGAGUUGACUCGAAACCAAAACUAAAAUUAUUGUAACAAUCUAGUAAGAGAAAAACUGGUGAUAUACAGUGACAAACAAUUUUCUUGAUAAGUAAUCGUAGAUAUAUUUUUGGCACAACUAUAUUUGCGCAUUUUUCUGUCUUUUGAAGUUUCAGUAGAGGUUUUCCGACACAAUGCCUUUGGCACACAAUAGAACAGGACCACUGCUGAAGAAGCUCAGGACAUUGAUGAGUAAUAGGAAGUAUGUACCAGAAAGCAUUCAAGCUUACAUCGUGCCUUCAGGAGAUUCACACCAGAGUGAGUAUAUAGCUCCAUGUGACUGUAGAAGAGCAUUCAUCUCAGGAUUCACGGGAUCUGCAGGAACAGCAGUUAUUACGACAGAAAAGGCGGCUCUAUGGACAGAUGGCAGGUACUUCCUACAGGCAGAAAAACAAUUGGACGAAAACUGGACUCUGAUGAAAGAUGGACAGCCCAGCACUCCCACACAGGCAGACUGGCUAGCUAAGGAACUACCUGUGGGUGGAACAGUAGGUGUGGACCCAUGUCUGAUUUCUGCAGAGGCUUGGAAACCCUUGAAGAAAAGUCUCCAGUCUACGGGUCACAGUAUCAUAGCUGUCCCCUAUAACCUGAUAGAUCUAGUGUGGGAGGAUCAGCCCCCACCCCCAAUGAAUCCACUCCUGACACUCUCAGAAAAAUACACAGGCAUGAGCUGGCCAGAGAAAAUUCAGAAAGUACGAGAGAAAAUGCAGGCCAAAAAAUGUGGGGCAUUGGUUAUCUCAGCUCUGGAUGAAAUAGCAUAUCUGUUUAACCUGCGGGGAUCAGACAUUGAGUACAACCCGGUCUUCUUUGCCUAUGCUGUUGUUACCUUGGAAAACAUAUUUUUAUUUAUAGAUGAACAAAAGCUUGACACUGAAAUCAAGCAUCAUUUGCAGCUGAAUGGAGUGAGCAGUGACCUACAGGUCAUGCCCUAUGACAAGGUCGGGGAGGUCAUCAAAACUCUUGUGGACCAGGUCGAGGGUAAAUUCUGGAUCAGUCCCAAAUCUAGCGUAGCUUUGACACACUGUGUUGAUAAAAGUCGAUUGUUUGCCCAGACAUCCCCGGUGGCUGUAAUGAAGGCAGUGAAGAAUGCAACAGAAAUCCAGGGAAUGAGAAUGGCUCAUAUAAAAGAUGCUGUCACACUUUGUGAGCUGUUUUCUUGGUUGGAGAAACAGAUUCCCACAGGAUCAGUGACUGAGGUGUCUGCUGCAGAUAAACUGGAGGAAAUUAAACAGGAACAGGAUGACUUUGUGAGUUUGAGUUUUGCUACCAUAUCAAGCACUGGUCCUAAUGCUGCCAUUAUACACUAUAAGAUUUUUCUAAGUGACUACAGUACAAGUCACAUGUUAGAUACCUUGGCCAGAACAGCAUUAUGGGAAGUGGGUCUGGAUUAUGCUCAUGGAACGGGUCACGGAGUGGGGGCCUUCCUGAAUGUUCAUGAAGGCCCCUGUGGAAUUAGUCCCCGAGUCUCGGCGGCAGAGAUUCCCCUCGAGGCUGGAAUGAUCCUGUCUGACGAGCCCGGUUAUUAUGAGGAUGGAAAGUUUGGUGUUCGAAUAGAAAACCUGGUUCUGGUUGUAAAAGCUGAGACAAAGCAUAAUUUCAGAAACAAGGGAUUCUUAACCUUUGAACCCUUGACCCUUGUACCCAUGCAGCUGAAGAUGAUAGAGCCCUCCUUAUUAACAGAGAAAGAGAUAAGCUGGUUAAAUGACUACCAUACAAUGUGUAGGGAUAUAGUGGGACCUGAACUUAAGAGGCAAGGAAAGAAGGAGGCAUAUGAUUGGAUGAUGAGGGAGACCCAAAGCAUUGGAUAAUACAGAUGUAUGGAUUGGUUAGAUUUGUGAUCUGUCUUUUUAUGCAUUGUGAAAAGAUUUUCUACAUUUGACUAGGAACUAGGUUAAUUUAUAUCCAACAUUGUGAUCUUGAUUCAUGCUCAUUUUCAAUUCAUUUUGUAAAAAUUUCAAACAAGAAAGAUUAAAUCAGCAAUAUUUUACAAA